UUUUAAACCAGGUCGUCUCCUCUUAUAGCCUACACACAUUGUUCCUUCUUGCACGGUCGCAACGCUGUUUUGUAGCCGUUGUCUGCCUUCAAAAUAAACAAAACUACUCACUCCCCACAAAUAACCUUCACGCCACUCCAAUAGAACACAAUGAGUGCUGCUUCUUUGCUAUUCUCCUGCUCUAUGCAUGUGGGUGUAUCUCAUCCCAAGGUGGCUGCAAAACCCUCUCCAUGCUGUUUGCUCAAUCAGCCAUGGAAUCAUUUAAAGUCAAAAACACCAUUUGGGCAUUCAGGAGUCUUUGAAAAAUCUAAACUUUCGCAUAAAGGUGAUGAGAUUCUGUGGAGGGCGGGGGCCCUUCAAGUUGAAAGUGCACCCUCCUUCUCUAUGGGCCAAAAAUUUCACCUUCAUGAUGUGAUUGAGGCUCAGCAAUUUGACAGAGAGACUCUCAAUGCCAUAUUUGAAGUUGCAAGGAGCAUGGAGAGCAUUGAAAGCAAGUCAUCAAGGAGCCAAAUGCUAAAGGGUUACCUCAUGGCUACUUUGUUUUAUGAGCCAUCCACUAGAACUAGGCUUUCAUUUGAGUCUGCCAUGAAAAGAUUAGGUGGGGAUGUUCUCACAACUGAGAAUGCAAGGGAGUUUUCGUCUGCUGCUAAAGGAGAGACGCUUGAAGAUACUAUAAGAACGGUUGAAGGUUACACUGAUAUAAUUGUGAUGAGGCACUUUGAAAGUGGUGCUGCCAAAAGAGCAGCAACAACUGCUAGCAUUCCUGUAAUCAAUGCAGGGGAUGGCCCUGGACAGCAUCCCACCCAGGCACUGCUAGAUGUUUAUACCAUUGAAAGAGAGAUAGGAAAACUGGACGGAAUUAGAGUUGGGCUUGUGGGAGACCUUGCUAAUGGGAGAACAGUUCGCUCACUUGCAUACUUACUAGCCAAGUAUCAGGAUGUGAAAAUUUAUUUUGUCUCUCCAAACGUGGUUAAAAUGAAGGAUGACAUAAAAGACUAUCUGACAUCAAAGGGAGUAGAGUGGGAAGAAAGUGCUGAUUUGUUGGAAGUUGCUUCUAAGUGCGAUGUGGUUUAUCAAACUCGCAUUCAGAAAGAAAGAUUUAGAGAGAAAAUUGAACUUUAUGAGGAGGCAAGAGGCAAGUAUAUUGUAAAUCAAGAUGUUCUAGAUGCGAUGCAAAAACAUGCUGUGGUUAUGCACCCACUUCCAAGACUUGACGAGAUCACAGUGGAAGUUGAUAGAGAUCCAAGAGCUGCUUACUUUAGGCAGGCAAAGAAUGGUCUAUAUAUUAGGAUGGCUCUCUUAAAGGUAUUGCUUCUUGGUUGGUAAGGAUGCAUUCACUUUUCGAAGUGAAUCUGAUGAUCUAAUGUCAAAAAAUUUCAGUUGUUUUCUUUGUUUCCUUUCCUUGCCUUUUAGCAUGUUUGGUAUCAUGUUGACGUAAUUUCACAGUUAGAUCAGAGCUGGUAGGUAUUGCUUCUGCAUCUUCUGGUAAAUGGACGUGGUUGCCCAUGUAUCUACUGUGUUUCCAAACAUAGUUAGGCGUCACAAAUACAGUGAGAGGGAGAAAUAAAAUUUUCUUUUUACAUGAGUAAAAUUUCC